CUAAAACGUGUCAUUACCGUCCAAUAUCAACGUUAUACGUUGAUAACCUUUUAAAAAGUUUAAAUUGACAUCUUUGACGCUAACGUUACAUACUUUCAUGUCGAGUUAGGAAGGUUUUUAAGCUCUGUGUAAUAAAGUUGAUGCUGUGGUUUAGCUGCUACAGUAACGUUAUGUGAUGUGUUAUGCCGCUGUUGCCCCGCAAUGAAGAUCAAAUAUGGAAGCUAGCUUGCGUUAGCGUUUAGCUUUCGUUUAUAGACCUCCGUGCUAGCUAAGUAUGCAUUUAUUAAGACAGGUGGUGAACAGACCAACCUAAUCUACCCACCAGCCAACUAGGGACUCUGGCCUUUGUUUACCUGCCUCUCAGGUAAAAGGGGAGCCAGGGGGCAGGGCCACCCACGCAGUAGGAGGGAUGCCUGUGGAGGGCGGAAGCAGCAGCGGCUCUGCUUCAGCUGCCCGUCACCCCAAGCAGAAGCGCAAGGCUCACAGUUUGUCUAUCCGGCGCACCAACAGCACAGAGGAGAGGCCACUAGGCGUCCAAAGAGGAGACAUGCUGGAGGGACAGGACUCGAAGUUGCCCCUCUCCUUACGGAACAACCUUCUUGACCUUUUUGGCCAGAUUGAGCGCGAGUUUGAAAAUCUCUACAUUGAAAACCUUGAAUUACGCCGGGAAAUUGACUCUCUGAAUGAGCGUCUGACCGGAGAUGGACAGACUAUUGAGGGAGGAGACCCCACCAAAGGAGCUCUGAAAACAAAAGCCAGUCACAGCACCAGUCAACUGUCACAGAAGCUGAAGACGACCUACAAAGCCUCUACCAGCAAGAUUGUGUCCAGUUUUAAAGCCACAGCAGGGUCCCGUGCUUUGUGCCAGCUGCUCAAGGAGUAUGUGGGCCACCGGGACGGGAUCUGGGACCUCAGCAUCACCCGCACUCAGCCAGUAGUCCUAGGCACCGCCUCUGCAGAUCACUCAGCUCUGCUGUGGAGUAUAGAGACUGGGAAAUGUCUGCUGAGGUAUGCUGGCCACGCAGGAUCAGUCAACUCCAUCAAGUUCCAUCCUACAGAGCAGAUGGCCCUCACAGCUUCUGGGGACCAGACGGCUCACAUCUGGCGCUACAUGGUGCAGCUUCCUGCCCCCCAGCCAACACCAGAUGUCAGUGCUCCGUGUGAUGACGACCAGGACUCAUCAGACAGAGAAGAAGGUGAGGUGGAUGGCGAAGGCCCUUGCGAGGUGCCCACUGUCCGGCUCGCUACAGCAACCCUGAAGAGCCACCAAGGUGUAGUGAUCGCAGCUGAUUGGUUGGUGGGAGGCCGACAGGUGGUGACCGCUUCCUGGGAUCGUGCUGCCAACCUGUAUGAGGUGGAGACGUCUGAGCUUGUUCACACACUCACUGGACAUGACCAGGAGCUGACCCACUGCUGUACCCACCCCAGCCAGCGGCUGGUGGUCACUUCAUCCAGAGACACCACCUUCAGACUGUGGGACUUUAGAGACCCGUCCAUCCACUCUGUCAAUGUCUUCCAGGGACACACUGACACGGUGACGUCGGCAGUGUUCACAGUGGGUGACAAUGUGGUCUCAGGGAGUGACGAUCGCACCGUCAAGGUGUGGGAUUUGAAGAACAUGAGGUCGCCUAUAGCAACCAUCCGCACCGACUCAGCUGUGAACAGGAUAAGCGUCUCUGCCAACCAGAGGAUCAUCGCUCUGCCACACGACAAUCGCCAAGUACGACUGUUUGACAUGAGUGGAGUGAGGCUGGCCAGACUCCCACGCAGCAACAGAAUGGGUCACCGGCGGAUGGUGUGUUGUACAGCGUGGAAUGAAGAGAACCAGUCGUGCAACCUGUUCACCUGCGGCUUCGACCGACAGGCCAUCGGCUGGAACAUCAACAUCCCCGCCCUGCUCCAGGAGAAGUGAUACCCCUGAUACACACACACACACACACACACACACACACACAACAGAAACAGUAGGAGACAGAACAAUGUAAUCUGUGGCCUCGCACAUGCUAGAAUUUUUUAAGUGUUUACCCAGUGAAAGAUUUUAGUAAUUCACAGAUUUUCAGCUGCUGCGUGUUUCUUUUGCGGAUGCAGCUAUUAAUAUUGAUUGAUAAGAGCAUAUUCAAUGGAUGGAUUACUCCGUCAUUUAGCAUACACAUCUGCUGUCCAAUCCUGCAGUACAUCUCUUGGUGUUAAAGACUGAAACGGUUCCAACAUUUUGAAGUCAAAGUGAGUGCAAGGCCACAGAGUUGAUCUCCUUUAUUUGACCCUUUCACAUAUUUAGCAUGCGUUGUGACUCGUGACACGGCUAGGCGGAUUCUUUCAUUCCUAGCCUUUUCUGUUUUAUAAUGUAAAAGUAUAGAUAUGACUCCACAGUCAUGGGCUGCUGUUCACAUCACUGUUGUUUAGUCACUGCUGAAUGGUUGCUAUUGCAUGUAGAUAAUCUCGGUUUGCAAAUGUUACUUGUAAAGAUGUGAGAGAACAAUUAAAAGGCCAGUAGAGUGUGUAGAAUAUCAUAGAAAGAACUUGUAUGUAAAUAUUAUGUCGUGGCCUGAUUAAGUGACCUGUGUUGCAGGUUGUUGCUGUUUCAUGGAUUAAGUGUCUUACAGUUAUCUACCUUUUAAAAGUGGAGUUUGGCAGACGUAGCUUGGUUCUGUGAAAUAUUUUUAUUCUUUUAGUCUAGUCUAGACCUGAAAUCUUUAUCAUGGAACACAGCGUAUAAUAUGCUGCGCAGCAUGGUUCAUUUAAUUGUCACAAAAUGUCUCAAACUGGAUCUGCUGUCCUGUCUGAAGGUCUAACUCCUUAUAGGGAUUGUUCAGAUUCUUGGGAUUGUAUGAAGUACUGAUCCAUAGUCAGUGUUUGACAUUAGUACAGGUGGCAGCUCCCCCAGUUUUUAGUAAUUAGGCCACU